AUGAAGGGCUCAGAAAAACAGACUACGCCAUAUUUGCAGUUCAACAGCGAGACCUAGCGAAAUGCGAAAAUGUACAAAUAAGUUUCUUCUCUGACAUUCGCGUUUGAAGACGGCUCAAACCGGUGCUAUGGAAGAAGUGGCUACGGUAGACGUUGCCGCUGGCAAGUCGGGUUCCGGUGCUACCGGCCUCCGGAGCCGACCGGGCUCCAGCGAGAGGGACGCUCAGGUGCGGGCGGUCAAAGCGGCGCUGCAGUCCCGACUGGGGCCCUCCGAGCCGCUGCUCACCUACCUGCAGUCGGUGUUGGUGUGUGAAAGACCUUUCCAGUGUCUGCUGCUCUAUGUGCUGGUCAACUUUGUGUUUUGGUUCUUAGCGCUGACGUCUCUGCGUCUGUUGUUCCUGCUGGCGUCCGGCCUGGCCGUGGUGGUCUGCGUCGACAUAUGGAGGAACAAGAUUUGGCCCAAGCUCAGAGUCAGAAACCAGGAUGAAUCUGAAAGCGAGAGUUGGGGCCUGGUACAGCCCGGCAUCCUCAGCGUACCCGAGUUGUGCCACCACGUGGCCGAGGCCUGGGUCAGCGCCGUCGUGCUUGCGUCCAACCUGGCGCACUUCAAACGAGUCAACCCCGGCAGGUUUUGCAUCCUGACGAGCUGCCUCUUCUUCUCUUUGGCCGUGAUUGGACGUUACGUUCCCGGGUUGUUGCUCUCCUACUCGGCUGUGAUGCUGACCCUCGUGGCCCCUCUGGCGGCUUACCACAGGGUCUUUCAGCGCGUCUUUGUGAAGCUGGAGCCGGUCCUGCAGCGGCUGGACUUCAGCGUUUGCGGCUACAUGAUGUCCAAGCCACUGGACAACCAGUUCCUGCGCAUGCCUCUGCACGGUGUCCUCUCAGCUGAUGGCAGCGACAGCGAGGAGGAGCUGGCAGCCUUCUGUCCUUCGUUUGACGACGGCGUUGUGGCAAAAGAACUCGCCAUGACUGACUCGGAGCACUCCGACGCUGAGAUUUCCUACACCGACAAUGGGACAUUUAACCUAUCACGAGGCCAGACUCCGCUGACCGAGGGCUCCGAGGAUCUGGACCGACACAGUGAUCCAGAGGAGUCUUUUGCUCAGGAUCUCCCGGACUUCCCUUCCAUCAACCCAGACGCCACUUUGAUGGACGACGACGAUGACACCAGCAUCGGGCUGCCCAGCCUGGCUCUGUCCGGGCUACAAAGUCCCCGCGCCUCUGUACUGGAUGUCGACGCUCAUCUGGACUCGGAUCAGGAGGACCUAGACGCCGAAAUGUCCCUCAGCGGCCUGCCGCCCGCCUCCGACUUCAUGGGCGACAUCGCCAGCACCAUGAUCCGGGCGGCGCUGGUCAGCUCCAUGCAGCCUCGGCGACCCUCCGGUCAGCGCAGUCAAGCCUCCCGCAGGGCGGGAGCGCACCGCAGUUUUCGCAAGCAGUCCAGCUCGGAGCUGGACACGGACUUUGAUGUGGAGGACUUUGAGAUGCUGGAUCAGUCCGAACUGAGCCAGAUGGACCCCGUUGUAGAAGGGCAACGGCGAGAGAGUCAGGGCUCCAACUUUCUGUCCAGCCUGCUUGGUAAACCACAGUAAAAACAACAACCAAGUUCAACUUUUAAUGAGCGUGUUGGCAUUUUAGACAGUAGGUAAAAUGUUCGUGUUUGAUUCUUGCCCAGGUCAGCAUCACCUUUGUUACUGUGAAUAUGUCAUGGAACCCCCAAUCGGAUUGGUAAGAUAAUGAAUCACCAGCAUUUUUUUUUUGGCUUUUGCCAAGUCUCAGUAGCGACUCACACCACUACAUCCUAAACGCUGUCAUUCAGCUGUCACACACUUUCCCGCAGAGGUCUGGACAAGAGGGCUAUUUAACCAACAAGAGACCAAAUCCGACAUUCCCGUUUGAGCCAUCCGUGUUGCUUUCCCAGCAGGUUGUUUCUUCACAAGUUUUCAGUGUUUUUAUGCUGCUGUUUUUUACUCAUUUGCUGUUCUCCAAAGUUGCACAUCUUUAUUUGGGAGACAAUCUAAUUUGACAUCAAAAUGUGCACUAGAUAAUAUUUUAACUGUGUGGUUAUCCUCCACACAGGCAAAAAUAUUGCUCCCUAAUGUUUCUUUUACUUUGUGUGAUUUUCUGUUACGUGAUUUUUUUUGUGCUGGAUGAACAAAUUCAAGACUAAUUUGACUUUCUCACCCUUUAAAUGACACCAUUUAAACAGCCCAAUCAAUGUAAGUGAAAGUAAUGCUGAGAUUUUCUUUUUUUUUAGAGAAUUAUACAAAUAACAGGUUAUAGGGUUACUUGAAGUAAACUAUUAUUAUGAUAGUUUGGUUUGUAAAGUGGCGCAUCAAUUUUGCGAGUAUGCUGUGACUUUAUGAUGAAAAAAUAUGACUCGGUCAUCCAUACCAGACAGUGAGGCACAGUUUAGUUUUUAUCAGGAUUCUAGACUAAUAUGUGUGGUUUUCAGAAGAAAAUCACAUACUGCACAAUGAAACAGCUGGAUUCACAAUACAAAAAAAAUAAAAGUGUGCUCAGUUGUGUAUUUUACCCUCUGAAAUCGGUUUUAUAUGUUUUGAUGUGCAAAUUAUAUUGAAUAAACUUUUCAAUUAAA